GGGAGGGAGGGAUCCAAGCUGGGCGGGCUCACCAUGGACCGGGAUGGCGAGGAGGCGGAGUUUUGCUUCGCAGCUCUUUAUAUAAGCGGGCAGUGGCCGCGGCUGCGCGGUGAUACUGACCUUCAGUGUGUCGCCACCAGCACCAUGGCGCCCUCCAGGAAGUUCUUCGUCGGGGGGAACUGGAAGAUGAACGGGAGGAAGAAGUGUCUAGGGGAACUCGUUAGCACUCUGAACGCAGCCAAGGUGCCGUCCGAUACCGAGGUGGUUUGUGCACCCCCCACUGCCUACAUCGACUUCACCAGGCAGAAGCUGGAUCCCAAGAUUGCUGUGUCUGCACAGAACUGCUACAAAGUGACAAAUGGUGCCUUUACUGGGGAGAUCAGCCCAGGCAUGAUCAAAGACUGUGGAGCCACAUGGGUAAUUCUGGGGCACUCAGAGAGAAGACAUGUCUUUGGGGAGUCAGAUGAGCUGAUUGGACAGAAAGUGGCCCAUGCUCUGGCAGAGGGACUUGGAGUAAUCGCCUGCAUCGGGGAAAAGCUUGAUGAGAGAGAAGCUGGCAUCACUGAGAAGGUUGUUUUCGAGCAAACCAAGGUCAUCGCAGAUAAUGUGAAGGACUGGAACAAGGUCGUCCUGGCCUAUGAGCCGGUGUGGGCCAUUGGUACUGGCAAGACCGCAACACCUCAGCAGGCCCAGGAAGUACAUGAGAAACUCCGGGGAUGGCUUAAGUCCAAUGUCUCUGAUGCAGUGGCUCAGAGCACCCGAAUCAUUUAUGGAGGUUCUGUAACUGGGGCAAACUGCAAGGAGCUAGCAAGCCAGCCUGAUGUGGAUGGCUUCCUUGUGGGUGGUGCUUCCCUCAAGCCAGAA